UAGCCCAUAAAUUGCAAGUAGUGAGCCCAAUCUAUGCAUACCGAAAUCUUCCAAUAAGAUCAUGCCACGUACAACGUAUACGUGUUUGACCCAAUUACAAGCUAGCCAGUGACGCGUCCAUAAUGGGACUGACAAUUAGUAGUAUAUCUUAUUUAUAAUAAAUAUUGGGAAUUUAGAAAACCAUAAAAAAAUAGAUAAAGAGGAGGAGAUCGGUGUUUAAUUGCCUCGCCGGAGCAAAAUAGCCUGAAUCUAUUCUUCGGAUUUCACCGGAUAUCCAUCGUUUCUCACCGUAAGAAUGACAACUUCAAGGAGAGUUGCUGAGAGGAAGGUGGAGAGGUUUGAGAAGAAUAUAACAAAGAGAGGUUCAGUACCUGAGACGACAACUGACUUAUUCCCAGUUGGCCCUGUCUUGCUUGGCUUCUUCAUUUUUGUUGUCAUUGGUUCAUCUCUAUUCCAGAUAAUCAGGACGGCUACAAGUGGAGGAGGGAUGGCUUAAUUAACCCAACCCCCCACAUCAUCUACUCUUUCUCUCUUUUUGUUCACUCAAAUUAAUUUCUCCUGCACACACACAAUGUACUCCUAUAUUUUCAAAUAAAUUAUCUUCCCCAAUACCCUUCUUUUCUUGCAAUUUCUUUAAUAUAAUCUUUGCCUUAAUUACACACUAUUUAUUAUACAUACUUUCCGAAUGCUGUGAAAUAUAUCUAUCUGUAGUCUGU